UUCCUCCCCUUUAAUUUUUUUCCUUUUUUUUUUUUUUUUUUUUUCCUUUGGAAGAACAGCGCUUGGAAUUCUUAUUUUUAUUCUUGUGCAGAGGGGCUGGCGACCCGCACCCUGCAGCAUCAUCCUCCAUCAGCACAUCGGUGCUGUUUUUUUCCCCGGGAGGGGGUUACACGUGCUCUUCUCCCCCCGCUGCCGACUCCCGAGGAGGAAGAGGAGGAGGAAGAGGAGGGGGACCCGCCCCCGCCGGCUGGGCGCUCCCCCGGCCGCCCUGCAGGCACUGGGGGGGGGUUGCGGCAGGUUUGGGGUGCGGGGUGGGGAGGGGUGGGGGACCGGAGAUGGGGUGCUCUGCUCGCUGAGCUGGGGGGGCAAAGCCGAGCCCCCCUCCCAACCUGAACCGGUUCCCCCCCCCUCCCCAAAUACCGCCGUUGGCUGCUGCUCCCGGCUCGCACGUGGUUGGAUUUAGGGGAUUUCUGCGGUUUUUUUGGUGCUUGGUCUGGAUUCUUUUUGUUGUUGUUAUUUUUUUUUUUUUUUUUAUUUGCCACGGGGCCCCCCCGGUUUUCUUGCUGCUCCCCACCUUGCAAUGGCCUCUCCGGAGAAGAUGCUCCCCGGGCCGGCCGCGCUGCUCUGCUGCCUCUGCUCGCUGCUGCUCCCCGCCCAUGCCAAGGGGCCAGCGCCCAGCCCUGAGCCUGCUGAGCCCCCUGGUGCCAUCCUGCUGCCCGUGAGCUACCGCCUGUCCAACACCCGCUUGGCCUUCUUCCUCAAGGAGGUGGGAGCCAGCCCGGCGGGCAACGGCAGCGCCCCCCUACAGCGCUCCGAGCCCUUCGUCGUCUUCCAGACCAAGGAGCUGCCUGUCCUCAACGUCACCCUGGGGCCCUUCAGCACGGGGCUGGUGCUGCCCAAGGAGCACCUGCAGCCCUCCAGCACCCUGGAGGUCCCCGACCGCCUCACCGUCAACUGGAAGGUGCGCGCCUUCAUCAUCCAGCCCCGGCUGGUGGCCAGCCAGCCCGUGGUCCAAGUGCUCUUCUACGUGGCCGGCCGGGACUGGGACGACUUCGACGUCACCGACCGGCUGCCCUGCGUGCGGCUCCACGCCUUCCGUGACGCCCGGGAGAUCAAGAGCUCGUGCCGGCUGCGGGGCAGCCUGGCCAUGUGCCUGGUGCAGGCGGAGCUGCCCCACGCCUGGUUCGGCCCCUCGGCCGUGCCGCUGGGCAGGAGGAAGAGCCCCGAGAGCCUGGAGGUGCCGGGCGAGAGCCAGCAGGCCGAGCUGUACUACACCCUGCACGCCCCCGACGGGGCCGGCCAGUGCCUUGGGGACACGGUCCCGCGCCGCGGCGCCGGGGGGGCCAGGACUGAGGGUCCCACGCAGCACCCGCUGCUGCGCAUCGGCAGCGUCAGCCUCCUGCAGCCCCCGCCGGGGCAGCCCAUGCAGGAGCACCGGCUGGACGGCAACAUCUUCAUCCGCCUGCCCGACAAGCCCCUCAAGCCAGGAGAGGUGCUGAGCAUCCUCCUCUACCUGAUGUCCAACUCCACGGUGGAGCAUUUCACGCUCAGGGUGAAGGCCAAGAAAGGUGUCAACCUGCUCAGCACCAAGUCGAGGAGUGGGCAGUGGCUGGUGAGCUCGGAGCUGCUGACGGGUGGCAAACACUCCACUGCCACUGUCGACGUGUCCAGGGUGGAUGGUGCUGGGCCCAGGGAUGGGGAUGACUCCUCUGAGAUCAUGCAGCUGGAUUUCGAGAUGGAGAACUUCACCAGCCAGUCGGUGACGCGCCGCAUCAUGUGGCACAUCGACUACCGCGGCCGCAACCCCCCGCCCGACCUGGAGAAGGUGGUGACGGAGCUGACGGUCAUCCAGAGGGACAUCAGGGCCAUCGUGCCCCUGGCCAUGGACACAGAAAUCAUCAACACAGCCAUCCUGACGGGGCGGACGGUGGCCAUUCCCGUGAAGGUCAUUGCCAUCGAGCUGAGCGGUGUCGUCGUGGAUGUCUCGGCUAUGGUCGAGUGCAAGUCCAACAACGAAGACAUCAUCAAGGUUUCCAGCAGCUGUGACUAUGUCUUCGUCAGCGGGAAGGAGUCGCGGGGCUCCAUGAGCGCCCGGGUCACCUUCACCUACGAGCACCUCUCGGCCCCACUGGAGAUGACGGUGUGGGUGCCCAAACUGCCGCUGCACAUCGAGCUCUCCGACGCCCGGUUGAGCCAAGUGAAGGGCUGGAGGGUGCCCAUCCUGCCGGACAGGAGGUCGGUCCGGGACAGCGAGCACGAGGAGGACGAGGAGGAGCGGAAGCAGAGCCGGGGCUGUGCCCUGCAGUACCAGCAUUCCACGCUGCAGGUCUUCACCCAGUUCCACACCACGGCGGCCGAGGGCACGGAGCAGGUGGUCACCAUGCUGGGGCCCGACUGGCUGGUGGAGGUCACCGACCUGGUCAGCGACUUCAUGCGCGUGGACGACCCACGGGUGGCCCACCUGGUGGACAGUGUCACGCUGGCCGGGAGGGAGCCGGGCACCACGCUCUUCAAGGUCGUGUCCCCACUCGUGGAGGCGGUGCUGGGUGAGACACUGGUGACGGUGGCAGAGGAGAAGGUCAGCAUCACAGACCUGAAGGCCCAGGUGGUCUCCAGCCUCUCGCUGUCCCUCCACCCCAGCCCUGGCAACAGCCACACCAUCAUCGCCCGGACGUCCGUGCAGCAGACCCUCAGCUUCUUCAAGCAGGAAGCGCUCCUGAGCCUGUGGAUUUCCUACAGCGACGGCACCACGGCCCCGCUCUCCCUUUACGACCCCAAGGACUACAACCUGGUGGUGAGCAGCCUGGAUGAGAAGGUGGUCUCGGUGACCCAGGACAGGGCGUUCCCCUUGGUGGUGGCGGAGGGCGAGGGCGCGGGGGAGCUGCUCCGGGCAGAGCUGGUCAUCUGUGAGAGCUGCCAGAAGACCAAGCGCAAGAGCGUCCUCUCCACCGCCUUGGCCACCGUGCGGGUCCACUUUGGGUCCGAGGAGGACCCGACCUAUGACUAUGACCACGUGCCCAGCAAGCCGGGGCUGGGGGAGACGGGGGCCAGCACCACCCUGCGGGCAGAGGUGGAGAGGAAAGCGGACCCGAGCGAGGACAGCAGGAUGUCCAGCGCGUCUCACCCCACCGAGGACUUCCCCACCAUCCCCACCGGCUUCGUCCAGGUGACCCGGGGGCUGACGGACCUGGAAAUAGGCAUGUACGCCCUCCUGGGCGUCUUCUGCCUGGCCAUCUUGGUCUUCCUCAUCAACUGCAUUGUCUUUGUGCUGAAAUACCGGCACAAACGCAUCCCGCCCGAAGGCCAGACCAACAUGGACCAUUCCCACCACUGGGUCUUCCUGGGCAACGGGCAGCCCUUGCGGGCUCACAAUGACCUCUCCCCACAGCCUGAGAGCCCGGGGAACCCCCUGGAAAACGUCCAGACCUGCUGCCAUGGGGACCACCACAGCAGUGGGAGCUCGCAGACCAGCGUGCAGAGCCAGGUCCAUGGCCGGGGGGACGGUUCCUCGGGGGGCUCCACACGGGACCAGAGCGAGGACCCCCUCAACUCACCCACCUCCAAACGGAAGCGGGUGAAGUUCACCACCUUUGCCACAAUGCCCUCCGACGAGCUGGCCUACAACUCCAUCCCCAUCGCCGAUGAGGAGGACUUGGAGUGGGUCUGCCAGGACAUGGGGCUGCAAGACCCCGAAGAGCUUCACAACUACAUCCGCAGGAUCAAAGAGAUCGCUUAACGCAGGGGCAGAG